ACACUGCUAGCAGAAGGUGAGGGGAAAAGGAAAAAAAAAAAAAAACGCGCACGGCACAAGAGUCACAGAGUAUAGAGCCAUCGUAAGAGUGAGAGAGCGCCCAGUCGUAGACCGGCCGAACUCGCGGUCGGAUCACACACGCACGUCUUCUCAUUUUCUUUCACCGAUUGAAUUAGUUGAUUUAACUUAUCAAUUGGUUUAUCCCUUCUCCCUACUGUUUGACCUCGCUCAUCUUUUCAACCUGCCACUCGUUGAGAGAAAAAUUGCUGUGGUGGUUUUUGUGGUGAUUCGGCUGACCGUUUCUCUAUUGUCGUGAGUGCGACACUGAAGUGAUCGUGACAUCAUCGUUAUUCUUCUGCUUUGAAUCCAACAACACGAUUUUGAUUUGAUGUGCCAAGUGUCCCGCAACCCAACAACAAAAAUUAUCCCGUGCUGUUUGCAGAUUGCUCUAGUGCCUAAUCCGUCCGUUGAAAUCGCUUAACGCUAGUGACUUGAACGCCGCAACUUGAGGCCAAAGACAAACCGGAAACGAAGGAUCGGAACAAUAUAUACAGUGACACAAAGUGUUGGGUUUUUUUUUUUUUCUGUGUGUGUGUUUUAUUCGAACAAACUAUUCGUCUAUUCGUGAAUGAAAAUGGCUGUCUUCGCUGCCCAACAUCAAUCGGUCGCCUGCGAUACACUCAAAAUGAACCAGCUGUGUAAAGUGUGCGGCGAGCCAGCUGCCGGCUUCCACUUUGGCGCCUUCACCUGCGAGGGAUGCAAGUCGUUUUUCGGCCGAUCUUACAACAAUCUGUCGGUGAUAUCCGAGUGCAAGAAUGGCGGUCAGUGCGUCAUCAACAAGAAGAACCGGACGUCGUGCAAAGCCUGCCGACUGCGCAAGUGCCUCCUGGUGGGCAUGUCCAAGAGCGGCUCCCGCUACGGCCGCCGCUCCAACUGGUUCAAAUUGCACUGCCUAAUGCAGGAGCAAGGGCCCGUCUCUUCCGUCUCCGUCUCUUCCUCGUCGCCCAAUUCCAACGGAAACAACAACAACAACAACAGCAGCAACAACAACAAUGGCUCCAUGUCGAUGGGUGGCAUGGGCAAUAAUCCGUCCCCGAAUUCGUCGGCCGAAUCGAUUGGAGCUCACCAUCAAUCAUCCAGUUUCCAUCAUCACCAUCAACAGGCAUUGCGACGCGCUGGAUUCCAUCAGCAUCACCUGAUGACCGCUGCGGCCAUGGUGGUGGGCGGGCCGGGCGUUCCUUCCAGCAUGUCCAGCAACGAAUCGAAUAAAGACGAUGCCGAAGCUGAAUGCAAAAACUCUUCGGCCUCGCCGUCCGUCAGUUCGCCAGGUUCACCUCACCAUUCAGAUUCUUCGCUGGAGUUGGAUCCAUCUUCGGUAGCCAGCGCUGAGCGCACGAGUGGCAAGCAGAGCAACAACCACCGGGGGCAUCACACCAAUCAUCACAGUAGCUUACAUCAUCACGCUGCACUGGCUGGCCUGGCUGGCCAUCACCACAAUCCUUUCGUCAACGGAUUGAAGCAGCCGUUCAACCCGGCUGAUUUCUUCCCGCCUUUGGGCAUGCCCAUGCUCCCACCUCAUUUGCAAGCGGCAGCAGCUGCUGCCGCGGCCGCCGCAGCCGCCGCCAACCUCCACCACCACCACGGAUUCUAUCCGCCCAACCUUCCGGCGCCCAGGCUCCUCUUCCCUCCUGGUAUGAGCUUCCCGUCGUCGGCCAACUCGCCGCCCAUCAGUCUCAGCGGCAGCGGGUCCAAAUCUCACGGCUCCUCCUCGGCCACGCCCAAUUCAUUGUUGCUGGACGCUGCCAGUGCGAGAGCGGCCAAAAAGUUCAACAUCGAGUCGAUGCUUCACCUUCACCAACAACAACAACAACAACAACAGGAACAGCUGCAAAAGCAACAGCUCUUACGCAAGCGUUCUACCUCGUCCUCGUCGCUGAAGGUGACGCCGCCGCCGUUGCAACAAUCGCCGCUCGAAGAGCAGGACACGCCGAUGGAUCUGUCGGUCAGGAGUUCGUCGGUGGCCAUUAAAGAUGAGAAUCUGUCGGAACAUUCCGAUUGCGCCGCGUCGUAUCUUCGCCUCCAUCACGCCGACUCCGACUACGACAGCAACGAGAGCGACACGCUCAACGACGACGACGACGCCGACAUCGACGACGAUUCGGAUCAUCAAGCAGCUGACGGAAGCAGCGACAUGGAACGGAAGCCUUUUCAUCCGCUAGAUUUGACGCGGAAGUAAAAAAAAAAAAGAAAUAAAAAAAAUGCUAUUAGAUAUUUGUGUAAGCCGAUUUAGAGCCGCUGUAGUACAUGACUGUGCUGUGCCACUCGCUAUGCCCUGGGCGUGGCUUAUUCCCUUGUUUUCCAUUUUUGAGGUUUUUGAUUUUUUUUUUUUUUUUUUUUGUUUUGUUCGUGUCAGGAACUCACUAUACCGACUACUUCUACUGCCCGCCUUCUCGUUAUAUAUAACCAUCCAACCCAAAUUGUUGUCGAUCCUCAAAACACAUUCCGGAAUCGAACAAAAAUAUUAAAAAGAUUCCAAAACAAAAUUCAAUUCCGGAAUCAAUUACAAAAAAGAAAAAAAAAAAAAAAAAAAAAAAAAAAAAAAACGAUUAGAGAUUAAAUGAAUUUUUUUUUUUAUAUCAAACUCCCGGUGGUUUCCGAUUUUCUAUUUGUCAUUCGUGUUUUUUUAAAUGUACGUGUGCAUAUUAUAUUAUCGCAUUUUCAAAAGUGUGCGUAUUAACAUCAGAUUUCCACAGUGGCCAGUUUGUUACGCGCUUUGUUUUCUGUUCCACGGGGUUUUUUUUUUCCCCAUUCGAAAAUCUAAACGACGGUGACAACACAAUCCCCUCCUUUUUUCACGAUAAAGAUUUUCAAUUCGAGGUUGCCAAUAAUUAACGAUUCAGAGAAAAGAUGACUGUGUCUUAUAGAGCCUAAAAUUUAUCAGACGAUAGCACAAUUGUUUGAUGCGAAUGUUUGUUUUGUUGCGUGUCUCAUUUCACAUGUCUAGCUUUAUAUCAUUUUUUCACUUCUAUGCUUUACAUACAGUACAGAGCAGCGGAGCGUUCAUCCAUCGCUGAUGCACGACGAUUCAUUUUUUUUAUUUCGAUGCCAGUGAUCCAUUUUUUUUUUCUUCUUUUCUCUUUCCCUCUGUCGCCCCUCUCUUUUGUCUCGCUUUGUAUUUUGUAAGAGAUGUACAUAGUUUUAUAACAAUUUGUGUGUGCGUUCCGGUGCAGACGAGAUAGACAUAAUUAUAUCUAGGAUUUAUUAUUAUUAUUUUUUUUUUGUUCAUUCCCCCCCUUCCUUUCAAAAGCCUACCUAUCCUCCAUUCCUCUCUUGUAUAUUGUGUUGUUCAGAUUGGUAGGGAAAGUUCAUUAAAAAAAAAAAAAAGCAUUUUUUUUUUUCUCUUUAUUGCCCGGAGAAUUCGACGACUCGCUGUGGGUGGGUUCGACAAAGACGAAAGGGACAUUGAGCCAGUUUGUUUCAGCUAAUGUAUAUCAUUGCCACACAUUCCAUGUCGUAGCGACUCUCUUUUCUAUUAUCGCAGCCAUUUCCUCCUGCCAGUCCCUUUUUUAAUGGAAAAAAAAAAAAAAAUAUCCCGUUUGUGUUUGUUUUUGUUUUUUUCUUGUUGGAAACUUUCAAACAUCUUCCGGGUAUUGUCCGGACGAUUCCGGAAACUGAUGAAUUCAAACCGACCAAAUAAAAUUAAGUGAACGUAAAACACAUUUCACCAUUAAAAACAUAAGAUCGUUAAUAAGACGCAGACCGGAUUGAUAAACAAGAGCUGUGGGAUGAAAAAAAAAGGAAAAAAAAAAAGAAAAAAGAAAAAUACAAAUCCCGAAAAAGGCCAUCAGAUAUAUCACGACAUUCCGAAACCUUUCCCAGUCUGAGGUAUUUCUGCGUACCUGAUAACAAUCGAGGAUUCUUGAGCAAUCACGACCCAACCUCACAUUCACGCUCUCACUUUAAGACACAUCCGGACGCAAACUACAAAUCGGUACGCUUCCCUGCCAAAAAGGCCAAAGGUUUUAUACACCAGCAUCACACCUGCCUUGUCUUACGUCCAUCAAUGUCCCACUCACGCAAAAACUGUCGGUCGUUCUCCUUUUUAUUUAUUUUUUUUUUUUUGAUGUAAGAGAGGAAGGGAAUUCCGAUAACGAAACCGGAAUCAAAAUGUUUGGCUGAAUUGUGUCUCAAGCGUUUCAUCAUUCGGUUGGGGGAAGAUAACACACACACACACACACACACACACACAACAAAAGAAAAAGAGAAUCGAACACCUCCAGUCAUAGAACACACACACACCCGAUGCAAAUUCCCUUUUUUUUUUCUUUUCUUUUCUUUCUCCUCCCACAACUAGUUUGAACGAAGUAUGUUGUAUGUAUGUGAUUUUUUUUUUUUUUUUUACUUGUUUUUCAUGUGCUGUAUACGUCGUCUUAUUUCUUUUGUGGAGGUGGAUUUUGUUUUUGUUCAGCAUUUUUGUUUUUCUUACCCAUAUGACCCGUUUUUUCCAACUGCUCCUCAACUGUUGACCAGAAUCCCGGUGUUUUUUUUUUUUGUUUUUUUUUUUUGUUGCUGCUGCUUUUGGAUUGACUGACGCAAUCCGAAAAAAUUCUAUGAUUUUCUUCGACAAAUAUCGACGCAUAAAAAUCCAACCAAUGCCCCCUCAACAAAAACAUGAAAUGAAAACAAGUGCCGAUAGCUCCACUGUUGAAUGUUCCCAAAGAGAAUUACGAAAUAAUAAUAAACGAUGGCUUCCAUUUUUUAA